ACUAGUCCUUUAAUCACUUGGUAUAAGAUCAAUAUCCAAAUUCCCAGUAUUGAGAUAAUGUCUUCUAUACUCAUGAAUGAGGGUGUAAAUCCAAAACUAGCAUCAACAAAUGACUAAAAACUUGCAUUUAAUCGUAGCCUAAAUGCUUGAUCCAUUAACGGGUCUGUAAUUCUUGCAUAUAACACUAACAAAUAGAUUAUGUGGUCUGUUGGACAAAAGAAUAAAACACAUUUUCCUACAGAGCUUCAGCGAUGUCGGGUUUCGGCGUUUUUGCUUCAUUGCCGGAAGAUCAGUUCCUCUGUUCCCUCUGUCUGGAUGUCUUCAGCGACCCAGUCACCACCCCUUGUGGUCACAACUUCUGCAGAACCUGCCUGAGCCAACACUGGGACAAAGGCGAGCUCUGCCACUGCCCCACGUGCAAUAAAAGAUUCCCCAGCAGGCCAGAUUUCUUCACCAACGCCAUCAUCUCAGAGAUCUCUGUGCAGAUCAAGAAGAGAAAAAUAGAGGCGAUGGAAGGAGAGGAGAAUUCGCUGCGGGUGAUGUGCGACGUCUGCACGCACUUCAAGCUCCAGGCCUCAAAAUCCUGCCUGGUGUGCUUGGUGUCCUACUGUGAGGCACACCUGGAGCCGCACCACAGGGUGCCCACCCUGAGGAGGCAUGGGCUGAUCGAGCCGGUGGAGAACCUGGAGGAGAGGGUGUGUGAGAAGCACAGCAGGGUGAUGGAGCUCUUCUGCAGGCAGGAGCGAGUCUGCAUCUGCCUGCUGUGCAGUGAGGCUGAGCACAAAGGCCACCAGUUUGUGCCUGUGGAAGAGGAGGCAGCUCUGCAGAGGGAGAAUAUUGAGUCCAAAGAAGCACAGAUCAAACUGAUGAUCAACGACAGAAUGGAAAAGAUAAAAGGAGUCACUGAAAUCUCAGAAAUGAGCAAAGUAAAAGCAGCACAGGAGAUGGAACACAGCGAGAAGCUUUUUACCACUUUGAUGGAAAAAGUCCAAAAUAACCAAACAAAGCUCAAAUCCAACAUAGAAGAAAAGAUGAGGAAAUUUCAGGAGAGGAUGCAGACUGUUGUCGGAAAACUGCAGGAGCAAAUCGCAGAGCUGCAGAGGAAGAACGAGAAGCUCCAGGAGAUCUCACGGAACCAGGACUCCCUUCACCUGCUGCAGACCCUGCACUCUCUCCAGACCAUCUUAGACCAAGCAAGCAGCACCCAAUUCUGGGUUUACUCCGACCUCUGCUUGGAGACCCUGAGGACAUCUGUGAGUCACAUCAUAGAUGCUUUUCGAGCAGAACUGAAAACUCUGACCUGCACGGAACUGACCAGAAUGAGGAAAUACAAAGAAUCGGUCACGUUUGACCCUUCCACUGCUGGUGGAAACCUUGUGGUUUCCGACUUUGGAAAACGUUUGAAGCAUCCUAAAAUAACCUACUCAUCAUCAUCAUCUGACGACACAGACAAGUUCAACCUUCCCAUGAUUUUGGGGACAAAGGGCUUCACCUCUGGCCGGCACUACUGGGAGGUCAUAGUGGGCCUGAGGAACAACUGGGAUGUAGGUGUUGCUGCAGAGACAGCGGACAGAUCUGGAGGGGCAGUUUUGAAAAGAGAGAAUGGAUUCUUUGCUAUUGGAAAACGAGGGUUUGACUACCAGGUUCAUGCUACACCCUACACGGUUCUCCAUCUGUGCCCUAGGCCCAAAACACUGGGGGUGUAUUUGGACUACGAUGAAGGGAGGGUGUCCUUCUAUGAUGUGGGCGAGAAGCUGCACAUUCAUUCUUUUGUGGGGAUGGAGUUCACUGGAAAACUUUUUCCGUAUUUCUAUCUUUACAGCAAAACAAAGAAAUCUGAGCCUCUGAUUAUCGGAUCUAUGCUGGAUUACCAAUCCUUAUUUAAUUCCUUUCUCAAUGUCCAACAAGAUAAAGCUAAAUUAGCAGAACAGGAGGUUGUUGUAGAACACGGUCAUGCGUAGAACAUUUAUGACAUUGGUGCGGGUUAAUUUCAACUGCAACAGAAAUAUACAUAUAAAACAGACAUGUUUUCACCAUAAUGUUCUUUUUCGAUUGUCUUCUGCAGUCAUGUUUAAAUGGUAACAAAACAGGACAGUUUCCCAGCAGGCAAGGCCAAGUGGGCACAAAAUGUGGGCCUUGGGUUUGUCUGUAGUUUCUGUGGUGGUCUCACCUGUGUUUGCCCACAUUUGAUUUUGACUUAUUUAUUUUGUUCCAUUCAUGAAGAGAACAUUAUAUUAACAUAUUCGGUACACAUCAAAAGUCCAGAUAUCUUCGUGACAGGAAAAGAGCAGAGAGAAGAAUAACAUUAUUAUUUCAUUUCAGCCCCUAUAUUGCAUCUUAAAAGGAAAAAAAAGCUUAAGUGGAGACUCAGUGGGUUAGCUUGCUAUGCUAGCCAACUGCCUGCUGGACAGCGUAGCGUGCUCCGCUGUAGCAUGCUAGUAAGCUUCACUGUAGCAUCCUAGUGAGCUCCACUGUAGCAUGCUAGUAAG